AUGAGGGAGACUUGGGAUCGUCUCGCAGCCGCGCGGGAUCUGCGCGAGAAAUACAUCGCAGACAUCAGCCAGAUCAAGAAGACAUGCGAUGCUGAACAUGGCAAGCAACAUGUUGCCGAGUGCCCUGAUUGCUAUCCUCAAAUCGUGGACAAGAUACGGAUGUUCUAUCUUGAGAACCCCGACUUUGACUGGUUUCCUGGGAGGGAGGAUUCGGUCGCUGACCUGAAGGAGAUGUUUGCUGGUGCGAAGGAGUACAAGGUCGAUCUCGAGGCAAUCGACUCGCUCAUUGAAGCCGAGAAGAAGCAGGUCUACCUACAAGAUCUGAAGAGCAACAAUGUUAUCCGGAAGGCUCUUGAGGAUGUCCUUGAGAAGCGCAGCUUGUUGGCUAAGAUAAGGACUGGAAACGGAAACGGCGGCUUUGAAGAUCUGGUCAAAGAGAUUCGCAAUGCGCUGAAUCAAGAUUCUAAACAAAGUCCGGAUGAUGUUUCAAAGAUCUUGGCAAGACUCAACUCAACUAAAACACCAGAAGAACGCCAUGAAGUUUACUCAAAUGCUUUCUUCAAAGACGGCCCCGAUCAGGAGGUAUCCUCCAAAAAUCAGAAAUACCUUGAAAGCUUGCGAGAUGGCAUGUCGCUAGAAUUUGUCAUGAGCCAGGUUCUCUCGGACAGAAAGGCCAGCCUGGCCGCUCAAGACGAAGAAGAGAAGCACAAGCGAAGGUUGGGUGAACUACGGAGAGCAAGGACAGCACACGAAUUACAAAAGACCAAGAAGAAAGGCGGCGCAAGCACUGCAGGACCUCAGCCAGCGGAUUGGCUCUACAAUAUCCCUCCGUAUUCGGGACGUGCCCGUGGUAUUCUGCUCGACAGCAUGCGGAGAUGA